AUGUCCACGAUUAAGACCUUCCUUGGCAACGAAAACUCCCCCGAUACAUCCCAUGAAUUUACCAAAGAUGUCAAGACCACAAUACAAGACCCAGAGUCCCCUAUUCAACCAGAAGACGAAUAUGUUGGAGACUUCGAAGAAAUUUCGACUGUCAGGCAAGGCCUUCACCAGAGACAUAUUCAAAUGAUCGCUUUGGCUGGUACUAUCGGAACAGGUCUCUUCCUUAGUUCUGGUCGAGCAAUUUCGCGUUCUGGUCCCCUGGGCGCCUUUCUAGGAUACUUAGUCAUGGGUUGUGUUGCUGGCACUGUAACUCUUGCGAUAGGCGAGAUGGGUACACUUGUUCCUUUGACUGGUGGAAUAGUCCGCUACGCGGAAUAUUUUGUUGACCCGGCACUAGCGUUUGCCAACGGUUACAAUGUGGUAUAUUCUUACCUUGUGUCUAUCCCCGCAGAGAUCGUGGCCGCUGCUGUACUAGUGCAGUUCUGGUCUGACCUCAAUAGUGCGAUUUGGAUCACUAUCUUUGGGUUGCUUAUGGUGUGUACCGCUUUGCUCUUUGUGAGAGUAUAUGGAGAACUCGAAUUCGCCUUCUCCAUGAUGAAGAUAUUGCUGAUAAUUGGAGUGAAUAUAAUGGCUCUUGUAAUCACCUGUGGUGGCGGUCCGGAUCAUAAAACCAUCGGGUUUGAAUACUGGCGGAAUCCUGGGCCUUUCGUUCAGUACCUUGGGAUCGGUGGCGCUCUUGGUCGCUUUCUCGGUGUUUGGACCUCUCUGAAUAAUGCCCUUUACGCCUAUUCGGGGAUUGAAACAAUUACUGUCGCUGCCGCAGAGACAAAAUCGCCAAGGCAGGCUAUUCCACAAGCCGCGAAGCGGAUUUUCAUUCGUAUAUUGGUUUUCUACGGUAUGUUGACUCUCAAAGAGAACGAAACACCUCUUUUCAAAUCUGACCUCUUCCUUUCAGUCAUCUCCAUCUUCAUGGUCGGCCUUGUGGUCCCCUCCAAUGAGCCUAGACUCAGUAAUUCUAGCGGGACAGCUUCUGAGUCUCCCUUUGUGAUUGCAGCUACUCUGGCUGGAAUUAAGGUCGUGCCAUCAAUUAUCAAUGCUGUCAUUAUCACAUCGGCAUGGUCUUCAGGCAACUCGAAUAUGCUCGGCGGGACCAGAGUGUUGGUUGGGCUGGCGAUGAACGGUCAAGCCCCAAAGUUCUUCACUCGACUUAACAGAUUUUCCGUCCCAUUCAUCGCAAUUUCGCUCUACGGUCUAUUCAUGUGUCUGGGAUACAUGUCGCUCUCCUCGACCGCCAGCACCGUGUUUAAUUGGCUACAAGACCUUGUCUCUAUCACGACUCUGACCAACUGGAUGACUAUCCUGAUCACCUAUCUUCGCUUCUACUACGGUUGCAAGAAACAAGGAAUCUCUAGGAAGUCCCUACCGUGGGCGACACCGCUGCAACCAUAUAUCAGCUGGGCCUCACUUUUCAUGCUCACCAUCCUGCUCAUCACGGGCGGGUACUCAACUUUUAUCAAGGGAAAUUGGGAUGACGAAACAUUUGUCUCCUCGUAUAUUAAUAUUCCCCUUUUCCUCAUCUUCUAUUUUGGGUACAAGUUUAUUCGGAAGACAAAGAUCGUCCCCUUGGAAGAUAUCCCCAUCCAGCCCUUUAUCGAUAUUGCCAAUCGGAAUCCAGAGCCUGUGGCAAAGCCAAAGAAAGGUCUUCGCAGGCUGAACGUUUUAUGGAACUGA